CCUCAAGAUCUCUACAGGGGCAACAGGACUCCUGAGAACACUCAGCUGUGUGGGAGCUCAGGCAGGAUGCGGGGGAGCAGCUAUGCCCUUUUCCAGGUGCUGCCUCCCUGGGGCCUGACUCCAAGGCCUCUGUGCUCGGGCUGGUGCCCUGCCAACGUGGCCUCUUUUGCAGUAAUUGGGAAUGAUGCUCGUUUGGAGAAAGAGAAAUAAGUCCAAGAUCCUGGUAAUGUUCUAUUUCUUAAGCUGAAUUGUUGCUACAUGAGUCUUUGUUUUAUUAUUCUUUAGGUUUUCCAUAUGUUUUGUGUACACUCUUUUAUGUUUAUGAUAUGUGUCAAAAUCUAGGGCUCCUGGCAGUGAGCAUCAGUGUCAUGGCUGGGAGGAGUCCUGGGCCUGAGCCGGUGAACAGCUCCCUCCCUUCUUCCUGGGGCCGCUGCCGCGGGCACUCCUAUCUGGAUUCAGGCUUGUCUGAGGAGCUGGAGUGUCCUGGUCGGGGUGGCUUGCCUCACACUUGUCUCUCUUUUUCCUCAGCUUCAGCCCUUCUCUGAGAGGGAGACCAGUUGAUGGCAGCCAUGCUGCUGACAGCCUGGCCCCAGGUGAGCUGCGAGUCCCUCAGCUCUUCCUCUGAGCAGUGUCAAAUUGAAGAAAACUGAGGAGGGAAGCUGAAGUCGGUGACCUUCGAGGAUGUGGCUGUGUACUUCACCCAGACGGAAUGGGACAGCCUGUCCCCUGCACAGAGGGCCCUGUACAGGGAUGUGAUGCUGGAGAAUUAUGGGAAUGUGGCCUCCUUGGGGUUUCCACUUCUUAAACCUGCUGUGAUUUCACAGCUGGAGGGAGGAGGUCAUCUGGGGCACCCGUCACCACUGGCUGCUGGAACAGAAAGAGGCCUCCAGGGCCACUGGACUGUAAAUAUUGAUAUCCAGACUGACAGUAAUUUGACAAAGGAAAUGUGUGAAGAAAAAGAUAACACAUCGUUUGAACUUCACAGGGACUUUUCCCAGGAAAUAGACUUUUCAGAAGCCUGUAUACUAGAGAAACAGCAGGAAGUCCACUCAGGAAAUAUGAAUAAAGAAAACAGCAGUGUCACUGAUGGAAUAGUGAAAGAAGAAACAAGCCCCAAUGAAGAGUGUUUCUUUAGUCAAAGUCCAGACUUGUAUCAGUGUCAUAUCAUGUCCACUGAAGAUCACCCCCCUAAAUGUACAGGAUUGGAGAAAGCUUUCAGCUUUGACACAAAACUUAUUCAGCACAAAGUAAUUAAUACUGGGGAAAGACCUUUCAAAUGUGAAGAAUUAGUGGAAACCUUUAGGUGUAACUCGCAAUUUACCCAGCAUCAAGGUGGCUACACUAGGGAGAAGCCCUAUCAGUGUAAGGAGUGUGGCAAAGCCUUUAGUGUUAAUGCAAAAUUACUUUGUCAUCAAAGGCUUCAUAGUGGGGAGAAACCCUUCAAAUGUGUGGAAUGUGGGAAAAGCUUCAGUUACAGUUCCCAUUAUAUCACACAUCAGACAAUCCACAGUGGGGAGAAGCCCUAUCAGUGUAAGGUGUGUGGGAAAGCCUUCAGUGUUAAUGGGAGUCUAAGUAGACAUCAGAGAAUCCAUACAGGAGAGAAGCCCUAUCAGUGCAAGGAUUGUGGGAAUGGCUUCAGUUGCAGUUCUGCAUAUAUCACACACCAGAGAGUGCACACUGGGGAGAAACCUUAUGAGUGCAAUGACUGCGGGAAAGCUUUCAAUGUUAAUGCAAAAUUAAUUCAACACCAGAGAAUCCACACUGGAGAGAAACCUUAUGAAUGUAAUGAGUGUGGGAAAGGCUUCAGGUGCAGCUCCCAGCUUAGGCAGCAUCAGAGCAUCCACACUGGAGAGAAGCCCUAUCAGUGUAAGGAGUGUGGGAAAGCCUUUAAUAAUAAUGCAAAACUCAUUCAGCACCAAAGAAUCCACACUGGUGAGAAGCCCUAUGAGUGUACUGAAUGUGGAAAAGCCUUUAGUGUCAAAGGAAAGCUAAUCCAGCACCAGAGAAUCCACACUGGUGAGAAGCCCUAUGAGUGUACUGAAUGUGGGAAGGCCUUCAGGUGUAACUCCCAGCUUCGGCAGCAUCUGAGAAUCCACACUGGGGAGAAGCCCUAUGAAUGCAAUGAGUGUGGAAAGGCCUUCAAUGUUAAUGCAAAACUAAUGCAGCAUCAGAGGAUUCACACGGGGGAGAAACCCUUUGAAUGUAAUGAGUGUGGGAAAUGCUUUACUUCUAAAAGAAACCUACUUGAUCAUCACCGAAUCCAUACUGGAGAAAAGCCUUAUCAAUGUAAGGAAUGUGGGAAGGCCUUCAGUAUCAAUGCCAAACUAACUAGGCAUCAGAGAAUACACACUGGGGAGAAACCUUUCAAAUGUAUGGAGUGUGAGAAAGCGUUUAGCUGUAGUUCUGACUAUAUUGUACAUCAAAGAAUCCAUACUGGAGAGAAACCCUUUCAGUGUAAGGAGUGUGGAAAAGCCUUCCAUGUUAAUGCCCAUUUAAUUCGGCAUCAGAGAAGCCACACUGGGGAGAAACCUUUCAGAUGUGUGGAGUGUGGCAAAGGCUUCAGCUUUAGUUCUGACUGUAUUAUACAUCAGACUGUCCAUACUUGGAAGAAACCCUAUGUGUGUAAUCUAUGUGGGAAAACCUUCAGGUUUAGCUUCCAACUUAGUCAGCAUCAAAGUGUCCAUGGUGAAGGAAAAUCCUGAUGAGAAGGAUGUAGAAAGCUCUCAAGGUUAAUGCUGAAAUGGGUUGAGUAUCACCAGAUUCACCCUGGUGGAAAAUCCUGAGAGGGAAGUGAGUAUGGCAGAGUCUUUGCAUGGAAACAAGUCUUUUCCAUUUUAUUCAACUUUAAUCGUGAAUGGUGACCAGUCAAAAGUAAUAUUCAAAAAUUAAUGGUUUGUUUUAUACCAACAGCCAGUCAGAAAAUAUGAGAGAAAAUAUCCCAUUCCCAACAGCGGCAAGAAAAGUAGAUUUUCUAAGAAUAAAUUUAAUUUGCAGACUCUGUAUGGAGAAAUUAUAAAUCUCUACUGAGGACCUCCAAAGGAAACAAAUAAAUGGGGAGAGAGAAACCUUGUUCAUGGAUAGGGAAAUUCAUAGACUUUCACUCUACCUAAAUUAAUUUCCCUUUCAUUGUUUAUAAGCAUGCAUCACUUUUGUAAAGAGGAAAAACAAUAAAGAUUUUCUCUAAAAAAAAAAGAUGAG